UCAAAGUUCUUAAAAAGGAUUUUACAAAUCCAAAGUAAUUCUGAUCAGCCGGAUUAAAAUGCAUCACAGGAAUAGGUUCUGGUUUGUUGAUCUUCAAUAUCCAUAAAAGAAAAAUGGCUACUUUAAAAAGGAUAGUAUUUCUUUUUCUGCAACAUUUUAGAGCUGAUUAUUUACUUUACAGGUGAUUUACCUGAAUUAGAUUAAACUUCCACUAACUAUGUACUUGUAAAAGUUCACCUGAUUUCCAUAGGAAGAACAUGAACAUUUCUCAGCAUAACAAGAGCAGGACCAAAUCAGAGACUUGUCCCUCAGUGUUACCUCUGCUUUUGAUUUGUAGAAUUUAACUGAACUUGGAGGAUGAAGUCCAGCCUAAUGCAUUUGGUUCCUCCAGUGAGUAGAGAAAGAAUAAUCUCCCAGUUUCCCAAGUGGUACACCCCUGAGGCCUGUCUGCAGUUUAAAGAGCACUUCCACACACAGGUCAGGACUGCUUGUCAGCAGAGCACUGGAACAGCUGGGCUGAAAAUAUCCAAAGUGGUUGUGGUAGGAGACCUGCAUGUUGGGAAAACCAGUCUUAUCAACAGAUUUUGUAAAGAUCAUUUUGACCGAGACUACAAGGCGACCAUUGGAGUAGAUUUUGAGAUUGAACGUUUUGAGAUAAUUGGAAUGCCAUAUAACCUCCAGAUAUGGGACACAGCAGGUCAGGAGAAGUUCAAGUGCAUUGCAUCUGCUUACUACCGAGGAGCAGAGGUUAUAAUAACAGUGUUUGAUCUGGCUGAUAUCCAAACUUUGGAUCACACCAAACAGUGGCUAGAAGAUGCAUUGAGGGAGAAUGAGCCAGAUUCUAGCUUCAUCUUUCUGGUUGGAACAAAAAAAGAUUUGGUGUCAGAUGCUGUGUGUGAAAGGACAGAGCUGGAUGCCAUCCGUUUUGCCAAGGAGAUGCAGGCAGAAUACUGGUCGGUUUCAGCCAAAACAGGAGAAAAUGUCAAAGAAUUCUUUUCCCGAGUUGCUGCCUUGGCCUUUGAACAGUCCAUGAUAAAGGAGCUGGAGAGCACUCCUGGGCGCAGGGCCCAAAUUGGGACAGGAAAUCUCAUCAAGCUAGAGAAGGACAUUGUGGAAAUUCCAGAAGACAAUGCUCAAGUCAGCCUGAGUUGCUGCUAACUGUCAACUGUUUCUGCAAGUGCCACACUUCUCUGCAAGAAUGCUCUCAAACCAGAAAUAGAGCGCUUUAAUUUUAGAAAUGAGGGAGGAAAAAUUACCCAAA